UUCGCUGUACCUACCGGGGCUGCACGCGCCCUGCGCGUUUUGCUGCACCCUGACACGAGCACGAGGCAAUAAUCGUAGUGGUCAUGUUCUGACAGACGAACACAUCGGAUGCUCACCACAUCGGUGGAGCAUCCUUGACAAUAACGCCAUCAAUACGAAAGCGUUGGUGCAAUCAGCACGCUUUUUUGCUCUGCAGUUUCAUUGGAAGACGCACGUUCUUCUACGGAAGCCGAAGUUCAGACUUUUGGCUCGGGUUUGUCUGAAAAUUACAAAUUGUUAUUGGCUUUGUAAUUGUAGUGGCCUUAACACGAAAACAAAAUGUCCAAUUUCGAACAGUGGCUGUGCACCCAGCUGGCUUCGCUGAAAGUGGAUACUGACGUGUUUACCAGUUAUAUCCACGGAAUCCUCGAGGGAGACGAAAGUCGUGAACAAAAAUUUGAAGCUAUAGAGGGUAUUCUUUCCGAUGCGUGUCAGGACACCUCAAUGGUGAGCUCGAAAACCGACGAGAUUAUCAGCAAAUUUUCCCGGACAACUACUGAAGGAACUAACGACUCUGAUCCAGUAGUUCAGUCCGCUGCCGGGGCUGGAAUGGCUUUUGAGGACCAAGUGAGAUCACUUUUCUCACUGCAAACAGCAAAAGCUGCCGAAUCUGCUGGAAGGAAAAAGGUCGGAGCAUCGUCAGAGGACGAUAAAGUAAAACAAUUGAAGUCCUCUAUUCUCAACCAGUAUGGGCAGGUGGAAGUCGAGGUGGAUGAUCUUGAUCCCACCGGCGAAAGUGUCAUUAAGGAGGGAGAUUUGAAGGAGCAGGCAAGCGGCAAGAAAGUCGAUCUUUCGGCGCCCUCUGCAAAACGCAAGGGACCUCCUGCGAUGGAAGACCUCCUCAUGAUGAAGAACACCAAUGCACAGGCUGUGUUCGAAGCCGAGAAACUCAAGAGAGAAAAGAGCAAACAGGAAUCGGAAGCUAAGAGGGCAAAAGACAAGCUCGACCGGGAAACACUGAGAAGAAAGGAGCUCGAACGGAAAGAGAAAGAGAAGCAGCGGACCCAAAAAGGCGAACGGAGAAGAUGACUGAUCUAAAUAGCUGUUAAAUAGGUUUGUCUUCAUGUCUACCAACCGCCCUUCAGUCUGUUAGCUGUCUAACUGAUCACUGGUAUCUGCACCUGCAUAACACGUCUAUGGCGUUUGUAGCGAACCUGCUUACUCAUAUGCGAAAUGUCGAAAAACAGUCGAACCGUAGUUUUAUGGUUUAGAAUUGCUUUAGUUAUGAUUAAAGAGGUUUCACUUGAAAGAUUGUUGUUGUUGAUGAAAUCGAUUCGAUCGUCGCAAAAAACGCACUGCAUAUGUACGAAGUCGCAUAGACCACUAAGGUAAUCCAAUAUUUUUCAAUAUGAUACAAUAAAUAUCUAAAGUUCUUGUUGCUGGGAAGGUGUUAAGUGUACAGCGGAGCAUGUCUGUGAUUAGUUGAAUUUAUAUUUAUAUAUAUUUAAAUAGGAGAAAUGAGGGUAGAAAUUACAAUACGAAUUAGAAUAACUAUUACGAAAAUGUAUUUCUUGUAGCCUACCAAUGUUGUUUAUCUUGACUGAAUCAAUCAUAUGCCGAUAGGAAAAGAAGAGUGAACUUUCACAUUCAAUAUAACGAUGAUGAUGCUGCUACUGUUAAAUGUAGACGUUCCUGUGUCGAUUUUCUGAAAAUCUGUAUGUAAAGGAUUCCUUUGCCUCUAGAAAAGUGAGAGCAAAAGCGCUGGUUAAAGAGAGAGCUUGAAAUUCAUGCGGAAUUAAUUGCAAUAGUGAUAAUAUAAUGAGAAAAGGACAAGACAGAUCUUAUUUUUAUCUUUAAUGAUAUUUAUUACUAGCUAGGUUGUAACCUUCGUUUAGAGUAUAAAUUCAAUCCAGAUUGAAGAGGUAUCACACCAGAUAUCACACCUUUAACUUCAAAAGUAGAAAAGAUUGGGCUAUUUAGAGAUAAUCUAAGUGUGUCAUUUAAUGGAACAAAAUUUCUCGUUGAAAAGUGUAGAUAUGGCAAAAUAGUUAGCUUUAAUGUUAAAAUAACUUAGUAAUUUGUUGGUCGGAACUCAUAACGCAACACCAUGAACGAGAACCAGAAAAUACAAAAAAAAAGAAUAGCUA